GCCGCUCUGAUUCUACUUUUAACCUCUCUCUCUCUCUGCUCUCUAUUUUUCUGGGAUUUCUCAGUAUCACAGAUGGUCAUGGAUAAAAACUAUAAGGGGCUAUAUGAAGCAACAUCUGCAAUUCAAUUAAAGGAUGAAGAUUUGUCAUUUUUUCCGGAUCUGAAUUUAAUUAACAAUCUCAGAGUUAGUGAUCAUACUUUAGUCCAAAGAAAUCAUGUUAACAUACCACAAUUUCAACCUGAUGUUUUAGUUCCAUCGGCCGUCUAUAACACUCAUGAGGAUUAUGAUUUUAGUGAUGUAGUGCUUACGUACAUAAGUCAAAUGCUUAUGGAAGAGAAUAUUGAAGAGAAGGCUUGUAUGUUUCAAGAAUCUGCAGCCCUUCAAGCUGCUGAAAGAUCGUUUUAUGAAGUUAUCGGAAAGAAGUAUCCUCCGUCCCACAAUCAGGAAAUGCCCAAUUUAGGUCAGAUCGAUGGGCGGUACCCUGUGGAUUCUAGUAGUAGUAAUUAUGUGGAUUCUAGUAGUAGUAAUUAUUAUAGUUGUAUAAGUGAUGUUAGUGAUGGCUUAUUAUGCCCAAAUUGGAAUCCUGAUAUUGGUGGUGAUAGUGACUCUUCACAUGCUCAACAUUUUCCGGUUGAUGGUGCUGUUGCUUCGACAUCUCAGUCGUCCCACAGUUCGCCAAGCAGCUCCGGAACUGUCACCGAUGCACAUUUGGAUUCGCCCGUGAGCUCGAUUCAGAUACCGGACAUAUUUAGUGAUAGUGAGUCUAUCAUGCAGUUUAAGAAAGGCGUCGAGGAAGCAAGUAAGUUCCUUCCUACGGGUAAUAGUUUGCUCCUUGAUGUAAGGUAUAAUGUAGUGGGAAAGGAGGAUAAUGAAUAUGGAAAAAAUGCAGUGGUGAAGGUGGAGAAUUGGGGGAAACAUCAAUCUCCUGAAGGGUCAAGAGGGAAGAAAAACGUUCAUCAUGAUGAUGUCGAUGCUAUGGAGGAGAGAAGUAACAAGCAAUCUGCAGUUUUUUCUGAAUCAACUGUUCGAUCGGAAAUGUUCGAUAGAGUGUUGCUAUGCAGUGGAGGGAAAAAUGAAUCUGCUCUUCGUGAGUCCUGGCAAACUGUAUCCAGUAAAAAUACUCCAGAGGACGGCCUUCCGAAGGGAUCUAAUGGUCGGAAGUCCCGCGGAAAGAGGCAGGGGAGUAAAAGAGAUACAGUAGACUUAAGAACCAUUUUGACACUUUGUGCGCAAGCUGUUGCUGCAGAUGAUCGAAGGACAGCAAAUGAGUUUCUGAAGCAGAUUAGGCAGAAUUCUUCUUCUAUGGGGGAUGGGAUGCAGAGGCUGGCCCAUUACGUUGCCAAUGGUCUUGAGGCACGCAUGGCUGGUUCCGGUACUCAGAUUUAUACCGCCCUUAUUUCCAUGCCUACGUCGGCAGCUGAUGUCUUGAAAGCUUACCAGCUAUUUCUUGCUGCUUGCCCGUUUAGAAAGCUCUCAAACUUCUUCUCGAAUAAGACAAUUAUGAAUGUAGCUGAAAGGGCUAAAACAGUACAUAUUAUAGAUUUCGGUAUUAUGUACGGCUUCCAAUGGCCUUGCUUCAUACAACGUCUCUCUUCUAGACCGGGUGGACCACCCAAGCUCCGUAUAACGGGGAUAGAUUUUCCAAAUCCUGGUUUCCGGCCAGCAGAGAGAGUUGAGGAAACAGGAAAGAGGUUAGCAAAUUAUGCCGAGAGUUUCAAUGUUCCGUUUGAGUUUAAAGCUAUAGCAAAGAAGUGGGAGACAAUUAAAGUGGAGGAUCUUGAGAUCCGGAAGGACGAGGUUCUUGUAGUAAACUGCUUGUAUCGGUUCAGGAAUCUACUUGAUGAGACUGUGGUUGUAAAUAGUCCAAGAGAUAUUGUAUUGAAUCUCAUCCGGAUGUUGAAGCCUGAUGUUUUCAUACAGGGAAUUGUAAACGGUGCUUAUAAUGCCCCGUUCUUUAUCACACGAUUCAGGGAGGCACUUUUUCACUACUCAUCAGUAUUUGAUAUGCUUGAAGCUAAUAUUCCCCGUGAAAUUCAUGAGAGAAUGCUGAUUGAAAAGAUAAUAUUUGGGCGGGAGGUGAUGAAUGUCGUAGCGUGCGAAGCUGCUGAGAGAAUUGAGAGACCAGAAACAUACAAGCAAUGGAAGGUUCGAAAUAUAAGAGCUGGUUUUAGGCAGCUUCCUUUGAACGAGGAGAUCAGGAGUACAGCAAAAGAGCGGGUGAAGGCGUAUCACAAGGAUUUUGUGAUUGAUGUAGACGGUCAUUGGCUACUGCAGGGAUGGAAAGGUCGUAUUGUUUAUGCACUUUCAACUUGGAAGGCAGCUUAUUAAAUUUGUCCCCAUUACUCGUGACAGAGCAAUGCAGGGUAAGACUGCGUAUAAUAGACCCUUGUGGUCCGGCCCUUCCCCGAACUCCGCGCAUAGCAGAAGCUUAGUGCACCGGGCUUCCCUUUUUUUUUUACUCGUGACAACUGACAGAGCAAGUUCCUGUGCCGGACUUUGCCUCUGCCCCUCAAUUGUAAACUGGUUUAUGGUGCCGACUCCUUUGAAGAGCAAAGGGUAAUGUAAUUGUUACAACGACAAAGGUUAUGUGCCCCACUCCAAUUUGUUUGGGACUGAGACAUAGUUGUUGUUGGUUUACAACGACAAAGGUUAUGUGUCGUGGUACUUAUUUGUCUCAGCAGGAGGCUAAGUGAGACGCAGAACUUGGAAGUGUGCCGCCUUACCUUCUCCACUGCAAUAAGUCGUGGCGUUCAUUGUCAAUGUAACAGUGAACUGACAAACAGCGCGGUAACAUAACUUUUCCCUGGUACUGCUUAUUUUUCCAGGACAUGUAAAACAUUGCGAGCCGAUAGGUAGUUAAAUUGGUUUUAGGGCAUGAAAAGCUACUUCUUCAUUUGUAUUUUACAUCUGUGAUUGACCCUGUCUAUCAGUUGUAGCAGUUAAUUAUAAAUUUUGAAGAAUUUUCGUGGUAUCGCUACUAAUUUAGGCGAGUAUCAAAUGCUUGUUGUGCAUUCGGAUACAGUUACUUUCCAAAAGUAUGAUAAGAUUCAUUCAUAGUUUGAAAUA